UGUUAUGCUGCAACUGUUUAAAACGACAACGUAAGCACACGCGGCGCAGUCAUCUACGGAUCACAGACAGACAUCAAUAUGUUCUUACUUAGCGUGGUUGUGUCUUUCUUUCUGGUGUUCACCGCCGCUACUAACGUCAGUCAAUGUCCAGGAAAAUCGUUUGACGGGUUAAAAGAAAAUGUUCAAUUAAUGCCAUGCAAGAAACUACCCUGUCGUCUGAAGAAGGGAACAGCCACGAAUAUUACGAUUCACUUUACUCCAGAUAGCGACAUGGAUAGCGUAAAAAAUCACGUCACUGCUGACCUGUUUGGAAUCGCUUUUCCGUUCGUCGGAGUCGACGGAUUGUCAGUUUGCGGUAAAUUUGAAACGGAAAAUGGAGAAAAGGCACCGUGUCCUCUGAAAGCGGGAAAUAAAUACAUCUACAGAGAUUCCUUCCAAGUUCUCGAAAUCUAUCCUUCGGUAAAAGUUAAAGUACACUGGGCCUUACAACACGGAGAAAAAGAUAUCAUCUGCUUCGAAGUACCCGUGAAUAUUGAAUAGAUAAUUUGUAUUUCUCUUAAAUAUCCUGGUAAAUAUCAAUAAAUUUUAGUGAACAUCAAAUGCCAA